GUGUGCACCUGAACCGGUCCAAUGGUUGGUCAAUGAUCCAACCUUGAACUUCAUAUACUCCAAUUACAGAAGAGCAGUCAAGGUCGUACACGCACAGGAGGUACAUUCAGUAACUGCCUACGCUGAAUGGCUGAAAUCCAGUUGAUAGAGGCGCCAGCACCUCACCAACAGCCACCAGACUAUACUAGGCUCAAUGAUCUAGCAUGUAGCAAGGUUGGAGGUUGCAUUGUAUUUGCUUCUGAUGACUGGUUUGCUGAGGCAGAAAAUCUUUUAAAGCCGAACAUCCCAGAAUGGAAGGAGGGUGUAUUCACAGAAUAUGGAAAGUGGAUGGAUGGAUGGGAGACAAGAAGGAAAAGAAUUCCAGGACAUGAUUGGGCCAUCAUUCAACUAGGUGUCUCAGGUGUAAUUUUUGGCGUUGAUGUGGACACUUCUUUUUUCACUGGAAAUUACACUCCAAGAAUCUCAAUCCAGGCUGCAAAUUUGAAAAAAAAAUUUCCAUCUCGUAAUGGGAAGCCUGGCAAAGCAGCUACUGAAGCUGAAUAUAAGAAGAUUGCAGCAUUAAAUUCAGAGAAUUGGGAGACAAUUGUUCCAAUAUCAGAGUUAAAGCCUGGGUACAAAACAUCAUUUCAUAACUUUUUUAGAGUAAAAAGACAGCAACUGUGGACUCAUCUGAGGUUGAACAUGUUUCCAGAUGGAGGUAUUGCCAGGCUGCGGGUGUAUGGUCAAGCCAAGAGGGACUGGUCACUGGUGGACAAGGACACUGUUGUGGACCUGGUAGCUAUGGUCAAUGGUGGUGUGUGUUUGGGCAGUAGUAAUGCCCAUUUUGGCCAUCCCAGAAAUUUAGUGGCACCAGGCACUGGGGAAAACAUGGGGGAUGGCUGGGAAACCGCAAGGAGACUGGAUAGGCCUGCGGUCUUAACUGCAGAUAAAUCAGGAGUUCUUCAAGUACCAGGAUGUGAAUGGGCUGUGUUCCGUUUAGGAUGCCCUGGAGUUGUGAAAGAGAUUACAUUGGAUACGAGACACUUCAAAGGCAAUUUUCCAGAUUCAUGCAGAAUUGAAGCAUGUAACAUACCUUUAAGUGGGGAGCAACAGGCAUUGAGUGUAAUGUCAGGGCCUCCUUGGAAAACGCUGCUACUACCACAGAAAAUGACACCCAACAGAGAGCAUCAUUAUAAAGAUGAGGUCCAAACUAUUGGCACAAUAAGCCACAUUAGGUUAUUUGUGGCUCCAGAUGGUGGAGUCAGCAGAAUGAGGAUAUGGGGGCUGAAAGAAGAUGUAGCCUUGGCUUCUAAAUUGUAAAUUUAUAGUGAAUGUUAUUGAAUUGUUCUUUAAAAAAAGCCUAUUUCUUUUAAAGAUAAGCAUUGAUAUAUGGCAUGUGAAUGAAACUAAUGCUAUUCCAAGUAAACAUGUGCAGACACCCCCGUAAUUUACUUACAUUUCUGAUUGUUUUUGCACAUUCAAAGCUCGUUACAAAUUCCAACAAGCAUUAUACUUAUUAUAUUGGCAUCCUCUUAUAGUUGCCAUCAUAAAUGACAUUCUGGGCUGAGGCAAUUUUAUUUCUCAUGACUGUGAUCUCUAAUGUUGCCAUUAUGUACAUUUUCUUCUCUUUACUAAAAAUGCAUUAGAGGUUUACUGAUGUUGAACAGUACAAUAUUCAAAAUGGUUAUGGUCUUGAAAUUGUUGUGGUGCAUAUAUUUAAUAGGACAUACAUAUUUAAUGGAAAUUUUAAUUAAAAUGUUGAUAAUCUUCAUGACCAAAAACCAUGGAUAGGCAGUUGCUUGAAGUAUUAUUUUAAUCAGCAUUUUUAUAUUAAAGAAAAAUGUGGAUUAAACCAGCUUUUAUUCAGUUAUAAAUCUUGAUGUGUGCACAUAUGGUUAUAAUUUAUAAUUCCACAUUCUAUAUUUACCUCCGCCAAGGAGGUUAUGUUUUCACCCCUGUUUGUUUGUUU